GCCGCCCCGGGGGGGAGAGGUGUCCAGAGGAGCUCUCCUGAGGGACAGCAGCAUAGAAGGGGCAACAAAGGGGUGACACCCCCAGGACAGAGCAGACACGGUGGAGGCAAUUUUCCAACAUGAAUCUGGUAGCAGAUGUUCUCUGCUUGUUGGCUUGCCUUACUGUGGUGACUUGUGACCGGGUCUACGUCCACCCUUUCAAUUUGUUUUCUUUCAAUGAGAGUGACUGUGACAAGCUGGAAAAAUUGGUUCAGGAGGGAAAGACCAUUGUCCCCGUCUCCAUUGAGUCCCAAACCACACCUGAAUAUGAAUGCGGCAUGAAUGACAACAAGUUGGAAGCCCCAAGCCUCAGCACCUGGGGGGAGAAGGAACGGAGCUACCUGAGUGACCUGGUGUAUGUCCUGGGCAUGCGGUUUUACAGCGCGCUGCAGAAAGCACAGAGGGGCCAAAAUGUGCUCCUGUCCCCAACCAGCCUCUACAGCUCCUUGGUGUCAUUCUACCUGGGGGCCUCAAACCAGACAGCACUUGAUCUGCAGGGUUUGCUGGGAUUUGUCCCCCCCUCUGGAAACCCUGACUGCACUUCCACGGCAGUCGGAAGCAAUUUCCUUUCCAGCCUGAGGACGAUCGAAAGGCUUGUGAAGAGCGGGGACGAGGAGCUGCUCUUUUCCAAGACACUGAGCUUGUUCUCUGCCCCUGGCGUAGCCCUCUUCCAGCUGUUCAUGGAGCACUUGCUCCCCAGUGCUGAUGCAUUCUACGCCCGAGCUGUUGACUUUGCCAACCCAGGCGAGGCAGCAGAACAAAUCAACGCCUUUGUGGAGGCCAAAAGCGAGGGCCAGAGCAAGGCCUUGCUGGCAGACAUCGACCCAUCCGCCGAGCUGCUGUGCGCCGUGGAUGUCCGCUUGGCAGUGAAUGUUAAGCAAGCCUUCCCGCUCAAAGAGCCUCAGGAGUUCUGGGUGGAUUCAAGCACAAUGCUUUUGGUCCCUAUGUUGUCUAUCACGGGGACAUUCAAGUACAAAAGCGAUGCCAGUGGCACUUUUUCCGUGGUGGAAGUUCCCGUCAGCCGGACGGCGCUGCUGGUGCUGCUGCAGCCUGUCAAUGGCAGCGACCUGGAGCGCGUGGAGUCCCAGCUGACCUGGCAGUCCUCAGCCUGGCUCCAGCGCCUGUCCCCAAGAGAAAUUAAAUUAAAGCUGCCAGCAUUAACACUAGAAGACAGCUCUGAUCUACAGGAGCUUCUUGCAGAUAUGGAACUGCCUGCACUGCUGGGGAAGGGGGCAGACUUCAGUAAGAUAAGCAAUACCAGUCUAACAGUUGGAAAGGUAAUAAAUAAAGCCUUUUUCAAACUGGCCAGUGAUGGAACAGAUCAGCCAGAAGACUCUGCAGCACAGAAGGAGGAUGGGGUGUACCUGGAUGUAACACUGAAUAAGCCAUUCCUUUUUGCUGUUUUUGAAAAGCAGUCAAGGGCAAUGCUUUUUCUUGGCAGAGUAGUAAACCCUCUGCAUGAGGAUUAAAUGCAAA